GUCAUGGGCGCCGUCUGGUCCGCCCUGCUGGUCGGAGGGGGUCUGGCCGGAGCGCUUUUCGUUUGGCUGCUGCGGGACUCGGGAAAGGAGGGGAAUGCGGAGCAGAGGAAGGACGCCCCCCCAAGGGAGGCUGCGGCUCCGGGCGAUCAGGGCGGUGGCGGCGGCGGACUGAGCCCCGGACCUUCUGCCAAACCAGAGCAUCUUCAAGAAAGCAACGGGUGUUUGGUUUCUGAGACCAAAGGUCCCGGUGACCUGCCAGGAGCAGCAUGGAGACAGCAGAGUCCUUCUGGAGAAGCUGGUAACCCUGACAGUUCGAGAGCGCAUGUUCCUUCUGGCCCGUUUCCAGACACGGAAUCUCUACCUACCUCUGAGACUGGUAACUCUGACGUUUCAAGACACGAAAGCCUUGGAUCUCCUAUGGGAGAACGGGGAUUGCAAAAAGGCCAAGAGACACCUUCCAAAGCAGUUCCAUGUUUGGCAGAGAAGUUUCCCUCCAGCAACCUGCUCCUGGGCAGAGCGAAAGAAGUGAGCCCUGCACAGCUGGACAGUCAGACCCAGGCUGACCGUGAGGACUGGGAGAUGGUGUCUCGGCACUCGUCCUGGGGAGAUGUUGGUUUGGGUGAUGGUCUUGGGUCUCCAGUGUUAAGCUCUAAGCAGGGAAAGGACUGGGACAGAAGCAUGCUGGUGGAAACAAGAGGUCAGAAAGAGCGUCGUCAAGUUAGUGUCAGGUUCCAGGUCCAUUAUAUCACAAGUGCGGGUGUGCAGUUCAUCGCCGUAACUGGAGACCACGAGAGUCUUGGGAGAUGGAAUGCUUACAUCCCACUCCAGUGCGGCAGGGAUGGGUUCUGGUCUCGUUCUGUGUCCCUGCCGGCAGACACGGUGGUGGAGUGGAAGUUUGUGGUGGUAGAGAACGGAGAAGUUGCUCGUUGGGAAGAAUGCAGCAAUAGAUUCUUGGAGACUGGUCGUGAGGAUAAAGUGGUUCACAGGUGGUGGGGAAUUCACUGAAUUGCUUUGACAAACGGCCGAGGGACUAUGGGAGAACAUGGAAGGAGCUAAGGUCGUGGAGCACCUGGAAUAGUUUAAAAUGAAGGAAGUGUAACUUCAAAUCUAACCCCUCAGACUUGUUUCAAAUUUGCUAGUGGCUUUUGUCUAAUGUGUAUAGUGCUUCCAGUGAGCAUGGCAUUUCCUGUGGCAUUGCUGGAUGGAUUUAUGCUGAUCCAUCAUUACUUUAGGGCUUGGUUGUCUUGGGGAGUGGCUUGGCUAAGUGUGCAGUGGUCAGGGAGCACAGAAACCAACUUAACUGUGCAGGGUUUAGACUUGAGCCUUUCAGUGAUUCUUAGACCAGGGGAGUAAAACAAGCCUUAUUCAAAAAGAGCAGAUUUCCUACUGGUGCAGCUGGAGAAAUGCUCUCUUACACAUUUUAUAUUUAAAAAUCAUUAGCACCAUAUGGAACUGUGAUGAGAAAAUAUCUGGUCACUAGAUGUGAUUAGCCAGGGUAUGAAGCAUUGCGUUAAGAUUUCCCAAUUUUUUUUUUUUUUUUUUUGCUUGAUUUUACUUGCCAUGUAUGGUUUGAAAGUAGCAAGUAUGUUUUUGUCUUAAUGAUCAAAGGCUGGUGUAGAAACAGGGGCCUAAUCAGUCUUUUACUGGGAGCAGUCCAAGAGGAAAGAGAAGACGAAGGGGGUUAUGGUGGAUGCUGAGCAAGGUGGUCUGACUGAUGCCUCUUAGAGGGCUGGGGGCUAGGCACAGCCCACUCGAGGGUGGGGCGCCCCAUCAUUUCCUGGAAGGGCCUUUGGAGGACUGUCUUGCCCCACUGCUCGUCUCACAGCAGAUUUGGGCUCACAGAUGGAUGGUCCCACAGCAAUCAUUUCACUGUCUUCCCUCUUCAUGUCGGUGACGAUCUUGGGUAACAAAGCUGUAACAGGAGAGUGAUACAGAAAUACAUCUUUGCCCUGGGAAGAAACAACCUUUUAAACUUAGCCAUUAUAACUGAAAAAAAUAAUAAAACCUGAGUUUAGUAUCUUUAUUAAAUGUCUGAAUUAUUUGUAUAAGUCUUAGUACCAUAACCGAUUAGAUGUAAAAUAAAAUACGAAUAUUUUUCUUCACUAAUGACACAGAAAAAAGGGCAAACAUCAAGAGGCAUAUAUCCUGUUCUCUUCCCUUUAAAGCUUUAGAAUAUUUCUUUUAAAACUUUCCCUUUGUUUGGAAGGAUAUUGUGCAUGCCCGUACUUGAAAAUUCUAUGUUAAAACAACUUUUUAUUAAGUGUAAUAUUUAUUGGCAAAACGACAUUUAAUCCUGGAUGGUCUUUGCUAAAAAGAGCAUCAACUCAACUGAAGAUAGUGUUAGAAAGUGCUUCAGUAACUUUUUUGGCUCAGAAUACUUUUCCUUUAAUUCACACACACACACUUUUUUUUUUUUUUUUUUUUACAAACUUCAUAAUGGAAUUUUAUAUUCCUUCCAGUCAGGUCUUCAGAAGACACUGACUUUUACUACAUAGAAUACCCAAGCGUUUCUAUUAGGUAAAGUUAAAAGUAGAACAAUUUAUAGGAAAAACCUGUUGAGAGUUCUGUCACUAGCUAUUUUAUCAUUAUCUGAUGAAGUAAAAAUCUUUCAGUAAAGCCAGCUGAUUUAAGAGAUACAUAUUAAUACUAAAUUUUACAUUUUUGAAACUCAUUUAAAAUCAGAUGUGCUUAGAGGGAAAAGUGGGAGGGCCGUGGGAAGACUUGGCAUCUGCACUUAUUAGGCUGAGCGUCACCUGCUGUCACAGGCCCCACAGUGCUUAAGCCCCGCUCACUAAACAGCAGUGGGCGCUCCUGGCUGGAGGGCUGCUUUCCCUGCAGAUCGUCACCCAGGCCUCUGUCCUGUGGCUCCUCUGUCCCCUAGGACCUCCCUCUCCUCUGUAACCAGUCCGUGGAAAGGGAAAUAAAAGACUCCACUAGAACUCAGGGCCAGAGGCUGCCCCAGACGGCUGUGUCCUGGUGUCAUUACUGAGGCCCGGU